UCUUUUCCUUUUUUACGGGGCUUUACUGGGUCCCCUCCUAUCUCUCUCUCUCCCAUGCACCUGACGCAGGUGAAUCCUAUCCUCCUCCUCCGCUUUUACUCUCACGCGCCUCCACUCGCUAACUCGUUUCGUAUUAGCUCGUUCUUGCUUCCUUACCAUACUGUAAUCAUCACCAUUAACUGGAUUGAAGUCACGUUGAGUUGUGUAAAUAAUGAUUAUAAUCAUACAUAACCUAUUAAUAAAACUAAUCUAUAUGUUAAAUUAGAGGACACAUCACCAUCAGCCCAAAACAUAAGAUUAAUAAUGCUUUUUCUUGUUUUAUAUUACGUUUGAAGGUGUACAUACGUUAUCUUAAAUUUCCAAAUACGUUUGUAUGUCUUUUGUUCCACCAAAAAAAACUAUUAACAUUAUCUAUCGAAUCUUGAAACAAAACCACUACACACAUACAUUUUCUUUUAAUGUACAUCGCGGUAUCGGUAUAUACAUACUGUAACUUUCUUAAUGUAUUCCAAAUUAACGUCUCUUAUUAUAUGACUAAUAACUAAAUGUAAGACUUUAUAAAUUUCAAAUGAUGAGUUUCUUACUAUUGAUAUUGAUUUGUUGAAGUGAUUAAUGAUUAUAUAUAAGAUAACAAUCAAGCUGAUUCUAGUACAUCUUCAUUAACUUUCACUCUGAAACACAUUGAUUAUUAGCAUGUACUGCAUUUGUCUACAUAUGCAUGCAUUAGUUAUAGAUUAGAUAUAUUAUGUAGUUUUUGUUUUCUACCAUAAGUUAAAAAUUACACCGAAAUCAUCAUUUCUGUUUCCGAAAAGAAUACUAAACAAAGACCCACACAAGUCCAAGUCUGAACUAAAGUUAAACACAUGUCAUUAAGUAUAUUAUUACUAAACUAAGCAUGUUACUUAUUAAUGACACGGCGUUUUCAUUAGGUCUACUAUUAGUACUAAACUAAGCAUGUUACUAAUUGUUAGUGACACAGCAUUUGUUUUUCAGUAUAUAUAACUUUCUGAAUAUAUAAAAAACAAAUAAAGAUCCAAUCUAUCUAUCUGUCAGGACCUCAGGGAGAUCCACUUGAGUAAAGUGACGUCUCCACAAAACCACUCAAAAUAGCGCGUGCUAAUCACUGAUCCAAAUCACUCCAACCAAACAAAACAAAACAAAAAACACUUCAUAUAUAAUAAUUCGAAAAACACAAGAACCAAAAUAAGAAAAUCACAACUGGACCCAGCUUUGAUGGCUUUACCCAAUUUUAGAAACAUAAAAGCCAAACCAUUACCUAACCGAACCAAAUUAUAAACCAUACAAAACCAAAACCAAAACCAAAACCAAACCAAACCAUUAAGAUUCAACUCUAUGAAUCCAUCAAAUGCUCAAAUAGACAAAUAGGUCUCAAAACAACGGCAAAUUUUUAGAGUAAAGCAAUGCAACUUCGAACCGGGAUCCGGUUUAACCGGUCCUACCUUCAAUAUACUGAUUCCAUCAUCACUAGUAUUAUAAAUGACACACAACUCUUUACCCCUUUUAUUCCAACACAACCUCUCUCCCUCUCUCCCUCCGUCAAUGGAGAAAACCCUAGCGACUUCCAAUACCAAACGCUCUUCUCCGUCGCCUUCAAACGCCGUGAACGCACGUCCCGCUGGUUUCAAGCGCAGAACCAGACAAAGAUUGUCAGAUGAAACGGCGAGUGUAAGAGAGAGCUGCGUAGAAGAUGAUGAUGAAGAAGGAGUGGAGGAGAAGAUUGAAGCUCUUCAGACAAUAGUACCAGGAGGAGCGGCGCUUGGAGUGGACGCGCUGUUUGAAGAGACAGCAAGUUACAUAUUGGCUCUGCAAUGUCAGAUCAAUGCCAUUAAAGUUCUUACUUCAUUUCUUGAGAGUUGUGAGAAGGAUGAUGAUAUGAAGUUUGGAGGUUGAAUGUUUAACAAACCAUUUGUAAUUCUCUCAAAUCGUUUAUAAGAAGAAGAAGAAGAAAAAAUCUCUUUUCUGUUUUAUUUAAUCAUUUUUACUAUUAUAUUUUAUUUUUGAUUGUGGCUGGCUCUUUUGCCCGGGGCUCAUAAUUUAAUUUCUUCUGAAUUUUUUUUUUAUUACGAAUA